AUGGCUUCCCCCGACCAGCAAACGCAGACGGGCAUGAUGCUCACCACCGCCCUCGCCAGCGUCGUCACGGGCUACGUGUUUGGCAUUUACACCGCUAGAGGAUACCUCAUCUCUCCAGCUCUGGCGGAAGAACGACGAAAGUACCACAACGAUCCUGUAGAGAGCGAGGAGAGCGACGUGGAUGAGGACGACGCCACACUGGACCAUGCACCGAACUGGGCCAACGGGCUGGACGCCGACGUGAGACAGGGGCUCAAGUUUAGAGAUUCGGGAGUGGCGGAGAAGAGGAGCUUGAUGGAGGAUACCAGCGAGGAGUGUAAGCUGGUGCUGGUUGUGAGGACAGAUCUGGGCAUGACCAAAGGCAAAAUCGCUGCUCAGUGCUCUCACGCCACGCUCGCCUGCUACAAGGCCCUUGCCCGCGCCGACCCGGCAUCCCCCGAACGCAAGUUGCUCGCCCGCUGGGAGCGCUUCGGCCAGGCCAAGAUCGCCGUUCAAGUCAAGAGCCAGGCCGAAAUGCUGGAGCUGCGAGGCAAGGCUCGCGCAAUGGGGCUCACGGCCGAGGUGAUCCAGGACGCGGGCCGGACGCAGAUCGAGGCUGGCAGCAUGACGGUGCUGGGCGUUGGACCGGCGCCGAAGAGCUUGGUGGACAAGGUUACGGGAGGGCUGAAGCUGUUGUAA